CCCCCCCCCCCCCCCCCCCCGCUUUCUCAAACUCACACACCCGGAGCCUCUACUGAAGAAACAGCAGACAGCGUUUCAGGGUCGAAUAGAUUGAUACAUUGAAAAAAACCUGUAAAGUUCGAUAGCUCUGCGAAAAACCAAUUUUAUGCUAGCUUCUAAUGGCCGGCAGCUUUAUAGCUAGUCUGGGAUCCGAAGCCCGAUCAGAAUCUCCGUCUACUUCGAAGAAUGGACCCCCCUCUCUGUUUCACAAAAGAAUUGGUUUCCACCCUGCGAGAAAGCCCUUCAAGAGCUUUGGUAAUGGCGGCGGCGGUUCGGACCAACGUCGAUCGGGGUCUAGCGCGGGCCAAUGGGGAUUGGCUGGGAAGAAAGGAGAUGGGUACGAGUUUUUGGAUAAUGGGUUAGAUCCUGAGCUCAGCUUCGGGAUUACUGUACGGAGAAUUGGUGCCGGUCUGAAAAAUCUCGGAAAUACUUGUUUCCUCAAUUCGGUGUUGCAGUGUCUAACUUAUACAGAGCCUUUAGCUGCAUACCUGCAAAGUAGCAAGCAUCAAAAUUCUUGUCAUAUUGCUGGAUUUUGUGUUUUAUGUGCCAUCCAAAAACAUGUCAGCUGUGCUCUACAAUCAACUGGGAGAAUAUUAGCACCGAAUGAUUUUGUGAGGAACUUGCAAUGCAUAUCGCGGAAUUUCCGAAAAGCUAGACAGGAGGAUGCACAUGAGUACAUGGUAAAUUUACUGGAAUCAAUGCAUAAAUGCUGCUUACCUUCUGGAGUGCCUAGCGAAUCCCCUACUGCUUGUGAGAAUAGUUUGGUGUACAAGAUAUUUGGAGGUCGCCUGAGGAGUCAGGUUAAAUGCUUGCAAUGUUCUUAUUGCUCCAAUACAUUUGAUCCAUUCUUAGAUUUAAGUCUGGAAAUAGUCAAGGCAGAUUCCUUGAAUAAAGCACUUGCAAACUUCACUGCUGCGGAGCAGUUAGAUGGAGGAGAAAGGCAAUAUCAAUGCCAACAUUGCAAGCAGAAAGUUAGGGCUCUCAAACAGCUCACUGUCCACAAGGCACCAUAUGUCCUAACUGUUCAUUUGAAGCGGUUUCAUUCUUAUGAUCCCGGACAGAAGAUUAAAAAGAAAGUUCAUUUUGGUUCUACAUUAGAUUUGAAACCCUUCGUCAGUGGUUCCUAUGAUGGAGAUCUGAAAUAUACUCUCUAUGGGGUUUUGGUGCAUGAUGGUUGGAACACCCAUUAUGGACAUUAUUCUUGCUAUGUUCGCACUUCAAAUGGCAUUUGGUACCAUCUCAAUGACAAUCAGGUUGCCCAAGCCAGCGAGAAGAGAGUUCUAGAACAGCAAGCUUACAUGCUGUUUUAUGUUCGUGAUAGAAGGAAAUCCUCGACUGAUGUUUUUCAGAAAGAGAAUUUGAGAGGAAAUGCUAAUGGAAUAAGAACAUCUUCCACGUUCAACCAAGACUUAAAGGAGAUGGUUAAAACUAGUCCAGUUGAGAAUCGGUUAAGUGGUGCAACCUCUGCUACUGUGGUUACUCGGAACGAUGCGUCAAACAUUUGUCCACCAAGGAUGCCCCUGCUCAAGGAAGCAUCAGUGCAAAAAAGCGAUUGCCUGAUAAUGACAGAAUGCUCAGUGCUGGGAAAGGGUUCUGUUUCAGAACCUCUCUUAAAGGCGCCGUUAUUAAACACUCCACUGGAAGUGCUUCCUGCGACUGACCUAAAUUCUAGAGAAUUCUUGUCAAUAUCAGCUCCAUCUGGUAAUGGUGUUGCUCCUGACAUUGGAAAGACAGCUGGGGGCAUUAUUAAUAAUCAAAAAGUAAGUAGAAGUUCAAGUAAAGAUUCAAGAGCCUCAGUUUCAACAUCACCUAACUUCAGUGAUCCCCAAAGCUCUUCUACUGCUAAACUUGUCACAGAUGAGACCUGUCAGAAGAUCAAUCUUUUUUUGCACGUAGCUCCAUCAGGAAAUCUUAAUGAUAAGAUAAUGAAUGCAAUUGACCCUGUUGGGAAUACACCCAACGAAGGCGCUGUUUGUAAUUUGCGGGUUGAGGAUGCUGGUGAUAGGGUUAAGAAAAUACAACGUAAUGAGUCAGUAAAUUUAUCCAGCUCAUCAAUCAAGGCAAACAGAUUACAGACAGAAGUUCAUAACUGCAAGCAUGACAGAAAAUGGAAAAAGAAGCUCCUGAAGUACCGGGCGGUGAGUGUGCGGCUUAACUCACACUUCCUCUUCCAUGCAUCUUUAAGAUUGUGGAAAAAGAAAAAACACAAGAGAAACAAACGAUGCACUUUAGAUGUGAGGAAUCUUAGUAGGGCAAACUUGUUGGACACAGAUUCUACCUCAACAGAUCUGGGGCCAUCUACAUCUGAGAGUACCAGGACAAUUACCUUCUUAGCUCAACCUCUGAGAAAAGGGACUAAGUCUGGUUCUCAAAGAGGAGCUAAUAAUGCUGCUACAUUGGAUUUAAUGACCUCUAGUGGCGAUUGCUUUAUGGAAAAUGUUAUAGAUGGUGAGUUUAGAUAUAAUAUUGAUCAGUGUGGAACUGUACUGGCGACUGAUAAACAAUUGGGAAAGAGCUCCUUUUUAGAUCAGCGGGAAUCAGGAAGAUUGGAUGGUCCAAAAGAUGGGAAAAGAAAAGUAGUGCAGAAUGGUUUGAUGAGCAUGCUUACCCGAGGUCUGGAAGAGACAGUUGUUGCUCGUUGGGAUGGGAUAGAGUUGCCUCCAUCUCAAAUUGCGGCAUCAAAUGGCAUUAAAAGUAUCAGCAUUGGAUACAUGCCAGAUGAAUGGGAUGAAGAAUAUGACGGGGGAAAGAGAGAGAAGGUUAGGCAGUCUAAGCAUAGUUUUGGUGGACCAAAUCCUUUCCAAGAAACUGCGACCAAGAAAUCCCAAACAAAGAAGGCUAGGUUGGAUCGAUCUAGCUCUGGAAAUGAGCCAUUCAGGAUAUGAAGAAACUAGACUGACAUCAAUUAAGCGUAAGCUUGCCUUUUUGCUUCUUGUAACAAUUGGCAUUUUGUUAAGGUAAAAAUUCAAGAGGGAGAGUGCUAGAGUUGAUCAUAUCUUUUUGCCGGAAUUGUCUGUUAAAGGAAGGGAGUGUUGGGGGGGAUUUUUAUUUGACUUAGUCCGCUUGUAACAUUUCUCAUGUUGGAAGAUUAUUACCUGUAGCAAUAGUUCUUUUUUUUUCCCGUAAGUAUUACCUGAACAAUUUUUAUGAUAUAGAAAUGGUCAAUUUCCUUUUCAUAUUA